AUGCGAGGUGCUACCCGUAGACGCCCAGACCACUCGUUCUCUUGCGUCGUCGCGGACCAGCACCCUGAAUUUUGCGACAAGACGUUCCCAACAAUUGAGAAGCACAAGUUAGUCAAUUCUAUCGGUUAUUGUAUCGCGGAAGGUACUGACAAUAGCAUCAGUGAGCAUCUAAAAAGAUGCCAUUCUCUCUUCUACUGGUGUGAAAAGUGUCUGCACAAGUUCAAUACCUCAUUGCCCAAAGGGAAUCUUGAGCUUGACAAAGCCAAACACAACAAGAAUGAAUGCAAGGGCGAACCUUCGUCAGACAGCCUCCAGACCUGGAGUGGUCACUGGAUCAUGGAUCAGGACCAGUAUCAUCGCUUCAAAGUUGUGGGCUGGCAGCACACUCAUGUCCCCAACCCGAUCUUCAUCAAUGGCAAAAAAGAACCUAAGCCGAUGAGAAGCUGGAGAAGGAUUCGUGAAACAAUCUUCCCAGGGUCAUCGAUCGAGCUGAACGCCGAACCUGUGGCACCCGGUAGGACGACUCAAGAUGUCAUAACCAUGGUAGGAGGCAGGCCAUCCGUCAUGCCGCAAGUCCCUGAUGUUCUGACCCAUGGCACGGAUUUGAGCGAAAGGCUGAUGCCGAUCCCUCCGUCUAUGACCACGGACGUGUCUCAACUGUCGACCGAAUUCUCCUGGGAGACCAGCUUUCAGACGGACCCUUCAUCACUCGUGUUGUCUUACUUGGGAGCAGAUGAGCCGCACGAGCCUUAUGAUAUUCAACAUGAAAGCAUUACGGGUCAUGAGGAUCCUUUUGGCUUAGACCCGGAGGAGUAUCAAAGACAGCAGUCCUGGAACUCUUUGAGUGGUGCUGGUUGUUGGCAAACCCCCCUUCCAUAUCAGGUUCUAUUAGAGGGCAACUCUAGUGAUCCUCAAGAAGCGGCAGGUCGAGAGUAG